AUGGCCAAAAUAAAUCUCUCCGGAUUGAAGCCCAUCUACCUGGCUGCCUACUAUAAACCAAGUGAAAUUGACCCUGAUAGCGCUGCACAACUGGACCUGUCCCUCCAACGUGUCCCUAGAAAUGCCCACACGUGGCUACUUGGUGACUUUAAUCUCCCUAAGUAUGACUGGCAACAACAACGCUAUAAAAACAAUUGCAAUACUGCACUUAAUUCUGACUUCCUUACCAUCAUAGAAAAUCACAACCUUGAAGUUGUAAAAAUACCUACUCUAUCUGGAAAACCUCUCAAUGGGUCCGAACACAGUAACUAUAAGUACAUCGUCAAUGGCUCCGAACACAGUAACUAUAAGUACAUCGUCAAUGGCUCCGAACACAGUAACUAUAAGUACAUCGUCAAUGGCUCCGAACACAGUAACUAUAAGUACAUCGUCAAUGGCUCCGAACACAGUAACUAUAAGUACAUCGUCAAUGGCUCCGAACACAGUAACUAUAAGUACAUCGUCAAUGGCUCCGAACACAGUAACUAUAAGUACAUCGUCAAUGGCUCCGAACACAGUAACUAUAAGUACAUCGUCAAUGGCUCCGAACACAGUAACUAUAAGUACAUCGUCAAUGGCUCCGAACACAGUAACUAUAAGUACAUCGUCAAUGGCUCCGAACACAGUAACUAUAAGUACAUCGUCAAUGGCUCCGAACACAGUAACUAUAAGUACAUCGUCAAUGGCUCCGAACACAGUAACUAUAAGUACAUCGUCAAUGGCUCCGAACACAGUAACUAUAAGUACAUCGUCAAUGGCUCCGAACACAGUAACUAUAAGUACAUCGUCAAUGGCUCCGAACACAGUAACUAUAAGUACAUCGUCAAUGGCUCCGAACACAGUAACUAUAAGUACAUCGUCAAUGGCUCCGAACACAGUAACUAUAAGUACAUCGUCAAUGGCUCCGAACACAGUAACUAUAAGUACAUCGUCAAUGGCUCCGAACACAGUAACUAUAAGUACAUCGUCAAUGGCUCCGAACACAGUAACUAUAAGUACAUCGUCAAUGGCUCCGAACACAGUAACUAUAAGUACAUCGUCAAUGGCUCCGAACACAGUAACUAUAAGUACAUCGUCAAUGGCUCCGAACACAGUAACUAUAAGUACAUCGUCAAUGGCUCCGAACACAGUAACUAUAAGUACAUCGUCAAUGGCUCCGAACACAGUAACUAUAAGUACAUCGUCAAUGGCUCCGAACACAGUAACUAUAAGUACAUCGUCAAUGGCUCCGAACACAGUAACUAUAAGUACAUCGUCAAUGGCUCCGAACACAGUAACUAUAAGUACAUCGUCAAUGGCUCCGAACACAGUAACUAUAAGUACAUCGUCAAUGGCUCCGAACACAGUAACUAUAAGUACAUCGUCAAUGGCUCCGAACACAGUAACUAUAAGUACAUCGUCAAUGGCUCCGAACACAGUAACUAUAAGUACAUCGUCAAUGGCUCCGAACACAGUAACUAUAAGUACAUCGUCAAUGGCUCCGAACACAGUAACUAUAAGUACAUCGUCAAUGGCUCCGAACACAGUAACUAUAAGUACAUCGUCAAUGGCUCCGAACACAGUAACUAUAAGUACAUCGUCAAUGGCUCCGAACACAGUAACUAUAAGUACAUCGUCAAUGGCUCCGAACACAGUAACUAUAAGUACAUCGUCAAUGGCUCCGAACACAGUAAGUAUAAGUAUAUCGUCAAUGGCUCCGAAUACAGUAAUUAUAAGUACAUCGUCAAUGGCUCCGAACACAGUAACUAUAAGUACAUGGUCAAUGGCUCCGAACACAGUAACUAUAAGUACAUCGCCAAUGGCUCCGAAAACAGUAACUAUAAGUACAUCGUCAAUGGCUCCGAAUACAGUAACUAUAAGUACAUCGUCAAUGGAUCCGAAUACAGUUACUGUAAGUACAUCGUCAAUGGCUCCGAACACAGUAACUAUAAGUUCAUCGCCAAUGGCUCCGAACACAGUAACCAUAAGUACAUCGUCAAUGGAUCCGAACACAGUAACUAUAAGUACAUCGUAAAUGGCUCCGAAUACAGUAACUAUAAGUACAUCGUAAAUGGCUCCGAACACAGUAACCAUAAGUACAUCGUCAAUGGCUCCGAACACAGUAACUAUAAGUACAUCGUCAAUGGGAAAUAA